AUCAGCCAUGUACGAGCAAGCGAUCCGCGGCGUCCUCGCGGCCACGACAGGCGCGGCGGCGCUCUGGUUCUUUGCGGCUCCGCAAGACGUGGUGAGCGCGGAGCCCGUCAAAACGGGGACGGCGCACAAAUCGCGCCUGCGCCCGACGCCAACUGGAGGAGACAUGUCCUUCUUCAACGCGCAGGAGGUCGCCAAUGCUGACUCCUGCCACCUGUCUCGCGAGGGCGGCAAGAUGCUCUGAGGCGGCUCGCCUUUCUCUCCUUUGCAAUAGUUCUGCCCGCUGCGCUUGUGUGAGCACUGGUCCAAUUUUGUGCGCGCGGCUCUCUCCUACGAAUAGCGGUGCCCCCUGCUACUUGGCCCGUAGUGCGCGCACGACAUGCUCGAUGAGCGUUGUGCGUUCGCGUGAUUGUUUGUGUAUUUGCCCCGUUUGUGCCUGGCAGCCGCCUUGAACAUGGUCAUAUUUAAAAGCAA